AUGGUGUUCGGAGAACCUCAAUUACUCUGCGGGUAAGUAACUUUAUAUAAUAUUCAUUAUUGUGGUAGUUGUAUCUACAUAUAUACAUGCUUGUUAGGGGGUUUGUAUAUAGAUACAUCCUGACUAGGAGGAAUGUAUCUAGAUAUAACCCUACUAAAAAGGAUGUAUGUAGAUACUGUAAUGAUUAUGUUAAUAUAUUUAUAUUAUUGCCUGCAUGCCAGGCAAUACGCCAGGGGGCCUGAGACUAUAAAGAAGCAUGUUGUUUUGUUUAACUGUAACACAAUUUAGUAUUGCUGUGUUGGGCCUGUUUGUUUUGCUUUAUUAAAUAUAUUUUACUUUUCUUGGCCAUGUCUCUUGAUCACAACAUGGUGUCAGGAGUAAUUUAAACAAUUAAAUUGUCGUUAAGUUCCGCAUUUGAUUAUAUAUAAGCUCUAAAGGCCUGAAAGGCAAACCGAAAUGGACAAAUUUGAGCCGCCAUCUUGUUGAAGGUUCGAAGGCAACCUUAGUGAAAAUUGGCAGAAGUGGCGCCAAGAACUAGAACUCUAUCUUACUGCAACUGAGAAGGAUGGAAAAUCUGACAAAAUGAAGACAUCAAUACUUCUCACGUGCAUCGGAAAGCAAGGUAGAGAAAUAUAUAAUACGUUUCAGUUCGACGAAGGAGAGGAAAUGGAAUUCAAUGUCGUAGUACAAAUGUUUCAAGAUUACUGUAGUCCAAGAAAGAACAUUACAUUUAUGGGCCACAAAUUCUUUACAUGUAAGCAGAGGGAUGGUCAAUCUUUUGAUGAGUUCGUUACUGAUCUAUAA